AUGAGUCCUUCAAUGCCGCCUAACUCGCAGAAGCGGAAGAUUAUCAUCUUCUCCGACUUCGAUGGCACCAUCUUCAUGCAAGAUACCGGCCACAUCCUCUUCGACAGCUUCGGCUGCGGCGCAGAGGAGCGCAACAAGCUCGACGAGCAGAUCAAGACCGGCGAGCGAUCCUUCCGCGACGUCUCCGAGGAGAUGUGGGGAUCCCUCAACGUCCCCUUUGACGACGGCUUCGUCGUGAUGGAAAAGUCACUCGAGAUUGAUCCUGGAUUCCGGGAGUUCCACCAAUAUUGCGUUGAGAACGGGUUUCCCUUUAAUGUGAUCAGUGCGGGAUUGAAGCCCGUUCUGCGCCGGGUGUUGGAUACCUUCCUCGGCGAGAAGGAGGCCUCCUCAAUCGACAUCGUCGCCAACGACGCCAUCAUCGAUGGCUCCUCCUGGAAACCCGUCUGGCGCCACGAUAAUGAACUCGGCCACGACAAGGCCCUCUCCGUCAACGAGGCGCGCGCCCGUGCCCAACUCGAAUGUCUCCCUGACGAGAUGCCCCUGAUCGUCUUCAUCGGCGACGGUGUCUCCGAUCUGGCCGCCGCUCGUGAAGCCGACGUGCUCUUUGCCCGUCGUGGCCUCCGUCUUGAGGAGUACUGCCUUGAGCACAAGAUCGCAUAUACCCCCUUCGACACCUUUGCCGAUAUCAAGCGCGAGAUUGAGGCCAUCAGUCGUGAGGAUCAGCACAAGACCGGUGGUGUCGGCAAGCCGGUGCGGUAUAACCCGCGUGCGAACAUGUGGCGUCGCAUUUCUUCCAAGGAAGCGGUCCCUACUUUGAUGGCCGCCGCAACUCCCUCCAAGGAAGAAAAAAUGUUCCUUUGGCCCGAGACCUUUACCGAAUUGAAGCCCCAGGCUACCAUCCAGGAGGCCGAGGAGCCCGUCACUACGGCUGCUUGA